UGACAAAUAAUGAGGAAAGAAAAGCAAAACGGAAUAUAUUUUGUUCUACACAAACAAUAUUUGAUAUUUAUUUCGAAAUCAAUUAAUUUUGUUUUCUUGCUUGCUUGUUUCUUUCUUUGCGUUAUCUCCAUAAAUGUGUUUCCAUGAUGAAAUCAGAAGAAAAGAAGAGUGUCAUAAAGUGUGGUUAUUGCCACAAACAAUUUAAAUAUGAGAGCGAGAAAAAGAGGCAUGAAGAAAGUCAUACACCACAGUUCCAAUGCAAAAUAUGCAUGAAAAAAUUUAGUUUUCUUUCUGCUUUACGUAGACAUGAGAAACAACAUGACCGAGUUGAAGAUGUGUGGUGCAGUGAGUGCAAUCACAAGUUCCGAGAUGAAGCCUUACUCAAAAGGCACAUGAAUUAUGCACACAAAGGUACAUAUAUCUGUUCCAAAUGCAAUGCUAAGUUCAAUAGUGAUAUAGCACUACGUACACAUCUGAAGACGCACAAACCGGUGUCGGAGAGGAGGUAUCGCUGUAACCAUCAGGGCUGCAAUAAGUCCUUCAACUUCCAACAUCAUUUGAAACACCAUGAGAUGACCCAUACAAACACUAAGCAAUAUUUCUGUAAUAUAUGUUGCAAAGGUUUUAUUCAGUUGCACCAUUUGAAAACCCACAUUAAAACGCAUACUAUGGAACGUCUUCAAUGUACUGUGCCCAAAUGCAACAAGAAUUUCACUCAUGAAUAUGCAAGGAAAAGACAUCUUGCUACUCACACUGCUACAAUUGAUAGUGGCAUAUCAUCAUCUGAUUCCAAUUCUGAGUGCGAAACAUUUAAAAUGAAAGUAGAAGAGUCUACAAAAUGUUCUUCAAGUCAAACAAUUGUAGAGGACCAAAUGCAAGGAUAUAUUACAGUUGAGAAGAAAACUAUAAAUCAUUUACAGAAUUUGCCAACCCUUAGUUUUCAAGAAAGCUAUGAUUCCGCAGCCCCUCAGGAUUUGUCAGUGAGAUCUGUCAAAGAAGAAACUUUCCGAAUUGAUGAUUUUAGAAGUUGCAAAUCUGUUCUGGGUGGUUGUAUAGUCUCUGCAAAUGGAGAAGUAAAUGAAAAUUGUCUUUGUGCGCAAAUGACGACUACAGACACUCAAUAUGAUUUGAUACCAAAUGAAAAUCCUAGUGAAAUAGGGAAUAAUUUUGAUAAAGGUGCUAAUGCAGAAAUAUCUGAAAAGAGGAAUAUAUGUGAAGGCUGUGCUUGCAAUCCCAAUGAAAGCAUCAAAAGUGUACCAUCUAAAAGUACUUGUAGCAAAUAUAGAAGUCAAUUACCAGAGUUUGAGUACUGUAUAGACGGUACAAUAAAAAUAAAAGAAACAUUUGACACAGAUAUUGAUAUAGCUCCAAGAGUUGAUGAAAUAAAUGAAGGAAAGAAAGAUUUGUGGCAGUUCAAUAGUUGUAAAAGUGUGUUAGGAAAGUGCAUAGCGACAGAAAGUGGAAAGAUUAGUGAUGGAUGCCUUUGUGCGAGAAUGGCGUUAGAUGAUACUGUGAAUGCGGAAGAAAUUGAUGAGAUUACUCCACAGCCAAGGGUUAAUUAGUAUGUUAUGAAACUAUACUUCGUUACUUACGUUCGUACUUGGUUAAUAUUAUAGCUGUCGUUUUUUGCUCCUUAAAUUAAUGUACUUAUGUGAUUAUUAUGGCUGUCUUUAAAAUAUCGUAGAAUUAUAAGUAUCAUUAAACUUUAGUGUAUUUUACCCAUUAACAUCAGCGAAAUUGGCAAAAAAUAAAAUCAAUACGUUGGCAUAUAUCUAUCACUUAGAAUACAUAUUUCUUUAUUUUAAUUUCACCAAUCACAAUAUCUUAUGAGGUAAUUUAUUUUAAAAAUCAAUAGUUUUAUCUUAUAUCUUUGUGGUCACUGUUUUCGGUCGAAAUCUAGACCUGGAUCAGGUAGACUAACUUUUGCUAGUUUAUUAGUACUUAUAUAAACAAUUAACAUGUGACAGUAGUUUAAAUUUUUUUUUUUAGCAAAUUUAACAUUUUGAUGUUUUGAAUUGUCCUGAGGUACUUUGUUUUAUCAUAUUUGCAGGUGUCAUUAUAGACUUAGUUGUGCAUGUGUUCAUAUAAAUUUUCAUUUAUGAUAAAGGAGUUAAAGUUGUAUGUAUUAACGUAACUUGGAGUCCUUGUCAUAUUUUUUUGGAAAAAAUUUGUUGACUUAUAGUGAAUGAUCUGUGAUGUUGUUGUACUAUAAAAUUUGCCAUGUUACUUAUUCAUAAAUGUUUAAAGGUGUUACAAAUAAAAUAUCGAAAUUAUAAUUAACUUUAAAAUUUAUUUACAACGUAAUUCUUUACAAUUUCAACCAUUUAUACAAAAUAUGUCUUAGUUAACAAGAACUACAUAUUAUUAUUUUACAAUCAGACCUCACUUCCGUAUAUCACUAAGUUAUAAUAUUUAAGUACGAAUGGAAUGUAGCUUUAACCAGCGUUUUAUCACAAUACGACAUGGCGAAGAUAUUUUCGUUUCAAGAAAAUAUUCAUUAAGCACGUCCACUGCUAACAUUACAUCCUCAAAUCAAGAUGUAUGUGGGAAUUCAGGAUUUUUAGUUUCGUAAUUAACUAUGGUAACAAUUUAAAUCAGGAUUUCAGAUUUUG